AUGGUGGGGCUCGCGGGGCCCACCGGCUGCGGGAAGUCGACGGUCACCUCGCUGGUGGUGGCACGGGAGGACGUCCGGGCGCACUUCCGCGACGGCAUCGUCUGGCUGCCCGUGCGGGGGAAGGGCGCCGAGCACCGCCUUCCAGACCUCAUGCUGCUCCUCGCCAACAUGGUCUACGAGACGGUCCUCAAGAGCGGCGAGGCGUCGUGGUCGUCGAAGAAGCUGCGGCCGCCGAGAACCCCGGGGGGCGUCGCCUGCGACCGCGAGAAUGGGGCGGCGUACAUCCGGGGCGCGCUGGGCAUCACGCGUCCCGGCGGGGAGGAGGGCGACGGAGGGGGAGAAAGCCAUGAGCAGCGGCGGUGGCGGCCGAGGUACCUGAUCGUGGCUGACGACGUCUACGAGCCGGAGGUGCUGGAGGAGUUGCAAGGGAUCGGGGCGUGGGUGCUGUACACCACCACCCGCUCGGCGAGCUUCAUCCGGCGCAACGGCGAACGCAGCGAAGGCGAUGGCGAUGGCGAUGGCGAUGGCGGGGACCACGCCGACGUGCUACGGCUGGACAACAUCUCGGACGCCGAGGGGGAGACCGUGCUGCGUCGAGCCAGCGGCCUGGACCCGGAAGCCGAGCUCCCGCAGCCGGCCCUCGACCUCUUCAAGUCGUACGGGUCGGUGGUGAUGGACCUGGCUUACAUCGGGCGGUGGGGAGUAGUCCACGGCACGACGGACGUCAAGGCCUGGGAGGUGGCACUCAACAGCGUGUUUCUCGAGGGCGGGGAAGGGGGGCAGGAGUGGACGCGGCGGCGGUGGCACACGGCGGUGCUCUUCGCCGGGAUGGCGGACCUCGCCCGCCUGAACGACAAGGCAAAGGACCUGUAUCUCUCCCUCGCGGUCCUGCCGAAGGGUCUGUCCUUCACGCCCGCCGACGCCGCGGCCUUGCUCUUCGGAGGCGACACCAAGGCAGCAAAAGCAGCAACACCCGACCUCGGUGCCGUCAUGGAAGUCUUGGGGGUCCUAGAGCAGUGCUCGGUGCUCUUCCUCGAGGAAGGCGGCAGGUACUGCAUGCACGGCUCGCACGCCGACUUCGUCCGCGAGCUCAUCUCCUGCUUCCCCCUGUCGAGGAAGCGGGCGCUGGGCCGCUGGCGGGAGCACGCCUCCACCCCCGCCGCCCUGUUCGCCUGGCCCGUCGAGGACAGCGUGCGCAUCCAAUGGGCCCUCUCGAGCCUGGACGACGCCGUCGAGCCGCCGCCGCCGUACGACGCGAUGUUGGACGGUAUGGACCAGUCCGACGCCGACACGUUUUCGGCCGUUCUCGAGAGAGUGGCGCAGGUCCAGGCCCUUGCCGGGAACCUGGAGGGGGCCCACGCCAAGUACACCCGGCUGGUGGUCGUAACCGAGUCGAGGCUAGAGAGGGAAGCGGCCGGGGGCGGUGAUAGCAUAAGCCAGGCCGGCGCCGAGCUCUUGCUGGCCGACCGCCUGCACAACCUCGGCAUGAUCGCGGGUGGGCUCGGGAGCACGGAGGAGGCGUUCGCCUGCCACGGGAGGGCCCGGUCCAUCAGGGAAGAACGCCUCGGUGCGUCCCACCCCGACGCGGCGCACAGCCUCCAGGCGCUCGCGGCCUGCGCCGCGGCGGCCGGCAAGCCGCAGGACGAGGAGUGGUACCUCCGACGGGCCCUCUCGAGCUGGACCGGGGAAGGAGAAGACGGCGAAGGCGGCGGCGACGGCGGCGGCGGCGACGGCGGCAGUGUCGACCUUCUCGAUCGCUGGGACGUUGCGCGAACGCUCCACACCCUGGGAGGGAACUCGCUCAAGGCCGGGCGUACCGGCGAGGCGACCGAGCUGUUCCGGCGGGCCCUGCGGUGGUGGGAAGACGCCCUCGGCCAGGGCUGUACCAACGCCGCGCGCGCGCUCCACAGCCUCGGGGUUUGCGCCUACGACGCCGGGGAGGUCGGAGAGGCGGCCGAGUUCUACCGGAGGGCGCUCAAGGUCCGGGUUGAGCGGCUCGGGCCCCGGCACCCCGACGUCGCGGUGACGAUGCACAGCCUGGGGGUGUGCGAGUGGAAGGCCGGGCGCCCGGACGAGGCAGAGGUGCUCUACCAGCAAACGCUAUCCAUCCGGGUCGAGGCCCUGGGAGUCGAGCACCCCCACGUGGCCCGCACGCUCCACAGCCUCGGCGGCUGCGCCAGACACGCCGGGAGAGACGGGGACGCCAUGGCGCUCUACCAGAGAGCGCUGGACAUUCAGGAGGCGAUGCUGGGCCCCUGUCACCCAGAGGUCGCGGCCACGCUUCACGAGAUGGGCGUGUCAGCCUUCGGGGCCGGUCGGAUGGAGCAAGCGGAGAGCCACUUCCGACGGGCCCUUUCCAUCAAAGAGCUCACCGCCGGUGCCGCCGGCAGCCCCGGCACCUUCACCCUGGACAUGGCCUACACCCUCCACGACCUCGGCGGGGUGAUCUUCGCGUUUGGCGACAGCAGGGUGGCGGAGGCGGAGGAGGUGUUCCAGCGAGCGCUGGAGAUCAGGGAGAGCCUCGAGGCGUCGCUGGACGCGGCCAGCACGCUCCAGUGCCUCGCGGAGUGCGCCAGGGCACGGGGAAGCGGCGACGGCGGCCUUGUUAGCGACAACCGCUCCUCCUCCGACGGCGGCCGCGGCGGCGGCAGCGGGGGUUCCGCAGCAUCGCAAGAGGGGGGUGUUCGACAGAGGCUCGAGGAGGGGUUCUUGAGGAGGGCCCUGGCGAUCCAGGAGAAGGAGCUCGGGCGGGACCACGUCUACGUGGCCUACACGCUCUUCCAGCUCGGCCGCUGCCUCUGCUCCGCGGCCCCGGCGGCGGGGAACGGGCCGAAGACCGAGGAGGGCCUCGCCGCCUUCGCCAGGUCCCUGGAGGUGCGCGAGAGGGAGCUGGGCAGGAACCACGAGGACGUGCUGCGGACCCUCCACUACCUCGCGGCGUGCGUAUCGGCCGCCGGGCGGGUCGGGGAGGCGGCGGAGUACUACCGGCGCGCGGUGGCGACGGAGGAGCUCACGCUGGGGGCAGAACACCCCUCUGUGGCCAGGAGCCUGCACUUGUUCGGCGCAUGCGUGCUCAAGGCCGGGAGGAUCGACGAGGGGAUCGAGCUGCUGCGCCGCGCGCUGGCGAUUCCGGAGAAGCAGGAGCAGGAGCAGGAGCAGGAGGAGGGGGUGGAGGAGAAGAAGGCGGGAGGGAACUCAAGCUGGAGCGGAGACCACCACCUGGACGUCGCGCUCACGAUGCAGCAGGUGGCUGUGUGCGCCGCCGACGCCGGGCGCACGGAGGAUGCCGACGCCUUGUUCCGCGAGGUCUUGGCGAUCGAGGAAAGGAAGCUCGGUGCCGACCACCUGGAAAACCCCCCCCAAACCUGGGGAAGGGCCAAUUAA